AAAACAGUAUCGCAUUUACUCCCGUUGCAUUCCAUAAGCUAGGAGGUACUCUUGCUGCAAGCAUAUAGGCAGGAUGCCUCUCGGGCUCUUGCAUGCUCAGCAGCGGACACGCGAGUGCUUGGCGCCGGGGCGUGCGGCUUGCCGUGCGAACGUAGCCGGCCGAGCCCCAGGCUUUCUCAGGCACAACAGCUGGAGCGUCCGUGCUGCGAUGGCGCUGGCAGCUCCACACGCUCAGGGGCCCCUUUACCUCGGGCUCGACUUCGGCACCUCGGGGGCACGUGCUGCGGUCAUUGACGAGGAGGGCCGAGUGGUGCAGGACGUGAAGAAGGGGUACGGGGAAGGCGCAGCGGCGGACUGGAUCGGCUCCUGGCACCGGGUCCUUUUUGAGCUGAUUGGCUCUGUGGACCCGCAGAUACGCGCGGGCGUGGCGGCGGUGGCGUUUGAUGGCACCUCCGCCACCGCCCUGCUCGUAGACCCACGGGACCCGGCCCACGGGGUGCUGGCUCCAGCCAAGCUGUACAAUGAGGCGCAGAACAAGGAGGUGGCAGCGGCGGCCAAGGCCAUGGCUCCGCCCGCACACACCGCCACCGCGCCCACAUCCACACUGUGCAAGCUGCUGACCUGGUGGAACGAGGUCGACACCGACCCUGCCGCCACCCACUGGCGCCGCCACGCCGCGGAGCGCGGCCUCUCCUCCCCCGGCCCCUCCACCUCCGCCUCCUCUGUUGGCUCCCGCGGCUCAACGCCGUCUUCGGGGCCGGCGCCGCUGCUUCUGCACCAGGCGGACUGGCUGGCUGCGCUUCUGCAUGAGGACGUGGGACGGGGCACGUCCGACUGGAAUAAUGCGCUCAAGCUGGGGUUUGACCCCGGGUCCGAGGCCUACCCCGACUGGCUGGCGCGGCAGCCGUUUGCAGAGCUGCUGCCGGCGCGGGUGGUGGCCCCGGGGACUCCUGUGGCGCGCGUCAGUGCGGCGGUGGCGGCCCGCACGGGGCUGCCCGGCGACUGUCUGGUGUGCGCGGGCACCACUGACAGCAUUGCGGCGUUUGUGGCGGCGGGUGUCACGGAGGCGGGUCAGGCGGUCACCAGCCUGGGGUCAACCCUGGCGGUCAAGCUGCUGAGUACGACACGGCUGGAUGACGCCGCGUACGGCAUCUACAGCCACCGACUGGGCGACGUGUGGCUGGUAGGCGGCGCAAGCAACAGCGGCGGCGCCGUGCUGCGCCGCUUCUUCAGCGACGAGCAGCUGAAGCAGCUCACGCCGCGCCUGCGGCCCGAGGCGCCCACGCGUCUGGGCUACUACCCCCUGCCGGCGCCCGGCGAGCGCUUCCCGGUGGCGGACCCCGAGCUGCAGCCGCGCAUGGAGCCGCGGCCGGCCGACGACGCGGUGUUCCUGCAGGGCCUGCUAGAGGGCAUUGCCGACAUCGAGGCCGCCGCCUACCGCCGCCUAGCUGACAUGGGCGCGUCGCCACUCAAGGAGGUGCUGACGGCGGGCGGCGGCGCGGCCAACCCCAAGUGGACGGAGAUCCGGCAGCAGCAGCUCGGGGUGCCGGUGCGGGCGGCGGAGCAGGGAGAGGCGUGCUAUGGUGCUGCGCUCCUGGCUCGGCAGGGUGCACGGCAGGCGCGGGCAGCCAAGGCGGCGGCGAGCACGGCAGUUGUUGCCAAUUAGCGAUCUGGGUCUGGUGCAUUUCUUUGGUUUGUGGAAUGUUGUGGUUAGCGGCGGGCCUGACACAGUGUAUCGUGUGGUACAGGCUGACAUGUGCUAUGCAGUUUCCGGACUGGGUCGCACGGCAAGCCGUUACGGUAUGUCGUCUGAACUUUGCAUGUUACUGGCACUGAAGCGGAGUGGAGGUUCCUGCGGGUAGCUGUCUAGGCUGGUGUGUGUAGGGCCGCAGGGCCGCUGAUGCUGUGCUACAUGCUGCUGUGCCGUAGUUAGCGUCAUGGCACAUUUUGAUGUGGCGGCCGUGACCGUGUGUAAUGCCGCACAUCA